AUGGAAGAUAUCAAAAGUGUUGAAGCCUGUUUCUUGACUGAGGGUGAGUUUGAUCAUUCACCUGGGUUGAUCACUGUGUAUCCAAGACACACAGGAGGUAGGAAACCAUUUAGAUAUUUCACUAUGUGGAAGUCCUCUCCAGAUUUUGCUGGAAUUGUGCAACAUCAAUGGAAUCAACAGGUUCAUGGAAGUAAGAUGUAUAGUGUUGUUACCAGAUUGAAGAAAGUUAAGCAGGCUCUUAGAGAGCUUAAUAAAAAGGGAUUCUCGGAUAAUCAGGCAAGUGAUUUAAAAGCCUAUCAUGCUAUGAUAGCUGCACAGGAAGCCAUGCAUUUAGAUCCUGCUAAUCAGGAGCUUGCUGAUUUGGAGUUAGUGGCUAUUGAGAAUUACAGAAUACAGAAUCAAGCUUAUGUGGAUUUUUUGAAACAAAAAGCCAAGAUAGACUGGGUGUGUAGCAUUCAUGGUAUGGAUGGGGUUUGGAGGGACACACCUGAUUCUGUUUCUGCAGCUUUUUUAGAAUAUUAUGUUGAUUUGGUGGGGAAGAAUCAGGAGCAUAGGGCACCAGCGAUAAGGCAAGUUGUUCGAGAGGGUCCUCUGGUUUCUGAACAUCAUAGAACUAUCCUAAGUGCCAGUUACACUAUAGAAGAGGUGAAACAAGCUUUAUUUUCUAUUCCUGGUGUGAAAGCACCUGGACCUGAUGGGUUUGGAUGUGCUAAAUAA